AUGAAGAAAGGCAAGAAAUUCUUUGGAAAGAAGAAACAUUCAUUUAAGUCAGCCACAAAAAAGAAAAAGGCUACAGAAGAUAGAAUAGUAAACAAGAAAGCUAUAUUUAACAGAUAUAAAAAUGCUCAAAAAAUUGAGGAGGAAUUAGAGAAGAAAAGGAGAAUGGAGGAGAAAUUACAGCAGCAGCAGAAGGUACAAUAUUCUGAAAGCGAAGAAGAAGAAGACGCUUACGACCAGUUGUUAUCCUGUUUUAGUAAUAAGAAGAAGACACCGGCAGUGGAAAGUGAGGAAGACAGUAGUAGUGCCAGUGACAUGGAUGAUGAUGACGAGGCUAUGGGAACUGCAGGAGAUAAACACAUUGAUAGUAACGAUAUAAGUGACGGAGAAGAUGGUAGCACAAGUGAUGAUGACAGUGAAGAUGAGAUACAUGUAGAAAAUGAAAUUGAAGCUGAUGAACCUGAUAUGUUAGAUGACCCUUUCACUAAACAUCUUCAGUAUGACCUGGGAGAUGAGUUGAUAGUGUCCUUGACCAACACACCUCCAACUGUGGAAGCCACAACCAAAGCCUGGCCAGUAUUACGAAACCUAUCUAUAGUUAUACCAAAACCCAUAGAAACACUCUCAAAAAAGGUUAAACCAAAAGUUUCAAUAUUAGAAGAAAGCACAUAUGCAUCUAUGGGAACAGUACCGACAUUGGUGAACAAAAUUGAUUUCCAACAGUUGCAUAUAAAAUCUCAAAUACACGGCAAUAUUGUGUCGGCAAAUAAAAGUAAUUUAAUAAAAAGGGACUUGGAAUUUACAGAAGUGUUUACACCAUUACAAAAGGAAUUGUUUUGUAUUUUAAAUAACUAUCAAGAUUUGUAUUAUCCUGAGAGAACAUUUACAAAUGCUGAUGAAAUUAGAUAUACUUAUUGUCUUCAUGUGGUGAACCAUAUGUUGAAAACUAGAACUAAAAUCUUGCACCAUAAUGCUAAAUUGUCAAAGAAGAGUGACUUGUCUGAUGAAUAUCGGGAUCAGGGACUAGUGAGACCCAAGGUUUUAAUAAUGGUGCCAUUCAAAGAUGCUGCUUACAGGAUUGUUAAGACAUUAAUAGAAAUCCUUGUACCUAAAGAAGCUGGGGAGGUGGUGAACAAGAAGAGGUUUGAAGAAGACUUUACAGGUGGUGAACUGAUCAUGCCCAGAAAGAACCCAAAGCCAGAAGAUUAUGAGCUCAUGUUUAGUGGCAACACUGAAGACACAUUUAGGCUGGGUAUGUCAGUCACUAAGAAAACUCUAAAGCUCUACACAGAUUUCUACUCAUCAGACAUUAUUGUUACGUCACCAUUGGGUCUGCGAAUGAUAGUGGGCGCAGAAGGCGAGGAUGACCGUGACUUCGACUUUCUGGCUUCCAUAGAAGUGCUGAUCAUGGAUCAAGCUGAUGUCUUCCUCAUGCAGAACUGGGAUCACUUGCUUCACGUCCUGGAUCAUUUCCACUUGCAACCCAAGAAAACUCAUGGUACUGACUUCUCUAGAGUUAGAUCUUGGGCUGUUAAUGGAUGGGCCAAGUACUACAGACAAACUCUGAUAUUCUCGUCAGUAGCGCUGCCAGAAUUAAAGUCUGUGAUCAAUAAGAAAUGCCACAACUACGCUGGGCGCAUAUUAGUUGAAAAUCCCACAGACAUUGGCAGCAUACAGCAGGUUCUGGUGCAAGUGCCACAAGUGUUUCACAGGUUUACAGCGGCAAAUCCCCUGGAAUCAGUGGAGGCUAGGUUCCACUACUUCAUCAAGGAGAUUCUACCCAAACAGAGAGACACACUAAUGAGCCACACACUCAUCUAUGUGCCCAGCUACUUCGAUUAUGUUCAGAUUAGAAACUACUUCAAGAAAGAAGAUAUUGGUUUCGUACAGAUUUGUGAAUAUUCUAAGGAUGCCAAAAUAGCUCGUGCGAGGGACAUGUUCUUCCAUACAGAAGCUCACUUUCUGCUGUACUCAGAAAGAGUACACUUCUUUAGAAGAUUCAGAAUAAAAGGCAUACGACAUAUUAUAUUUUACCAACCGCCGACGUAUCCUCACUUCUUCUCUGAAAUGUGCAAUUUGAUGCAGGAGGUGAAUCAGAACAAGUUUGGCGGCAGUGAGUGUAACAUGACAGUGUCGGUGUUGUACUGCCAGUACGACUGGCCUCGCCUCGCGGCGGUACUCGGCGCCGCCCGCCUCGCGCGCGUCAUGCGAUCUGACAACUCCGUGCACAUGUUCGUCACAGGAGAAAAGUAG